AAAUGAUUUUAUUUACACUUACUUGCAAAUAUGUACAGUGUGUAUGUGUUUGUUGUAAUUGUAAUAACAGUGUGAAUCUGUUACAGCUUGGAUGUCUUGUACACGACACACACAAAUUAAACCUCAUUCAACUUGCAGUACGAGACAACAAUUAUGCUACUUUACAGCCCACAAAAUAAAUAUUAUUAUUAUUAUUAUUAUUUGUACCUCUUCUCUCUCUCUCUCUCUUUCUUCUCUGUCACACAACAUAACACAAAAACAAACACACAAACACUUUCUCUCUCCAACGCAUCCUAUAAUUCACUCAUGUGUUUAGCUUCAAUUGCAAUCUUGUUGAAUUGAAUUCCCUUAAGCUGGAGUGGAACCAACCAUCAAUCAAAAAAGAAUAAAAAGGGUCAAUUGUUUUUGUGGGUUUUUUGUUUUUCUUUUUUCAUGUACAUAUAUAUAUAUAUAUAUAUAUAUAAAUAUAUUUAUGGUGAUGAAUUUAUAAUUGGGGUGUGUGUUUGGUAGAGGUUGUAAUAAACCUGAUAGUGUGUUGUGUCUGUCGGCGCAAGGUCACUUUCUGUCGGCAUUGUCUGUUUCCACUAUCCAACGAUCAUACACUACUAAGCCUUAAGAGAAAAAAAAAAGAUUUUUUUUUUUUUUUUAAUUUUCAAAUUAAAUUAAUUAAAAUAUUUCUGGGUUUUCAUUGCUUACAGAGUGGCACCACCUUUCAGGAAGCAUAUUCAUAUUUCAACAUUUCAAAAAAUUGUAUAUUUUUUUUUCUGUACCAAGUCAGAGACUUCAACAAUUGUUUCUGAUCUCAAAAGGGUUUAAAAAAAAAUACAUUUUUUUUUAUAUUUGUGAAACCAUGUUGAGAGGUUUAGUGAAUUUGUUCAUAUGAGGGAAGGAAGAGGGAGAAUUUGGGUCAAUCUUGAUUUCCGUGAGCAGCAUUGGAGGUUUCUGCAAAAGUGUCAUUGGUAAAUGAUCAAUCUCAGCCUUUCUGAGAUCCUGCCUCAUUAUUUAGAUUUCACAAAAAGUUUGAUGUAUAAUAAUAGUUGGUGUAAAUUUGUAGAGCAAAAGUGAAGUGAUUCCCAUACCAGAUGUCAAGUUCUCUUGCAGCAAUACUAGGAGGAGCUGCAGGAGCCGUGGCAUUGGUAUGGAUAGCUAUAAUACUCAUAUGGUUUUGUUUGUUUCGCCGAACAAGUGUUUCGAGGACUUCAGAAACAGGGUCCUCUGAUCCUUCACAAGUGGGAAGACAUGGUGGAAUCGAGUCACAGACGCGCGAUACCAGGCGUUUUGUGAUGGAAGAACUUUCUAUUGCAACAAAGAAUUUCAAUGACAAAAAUUUGAUUGGAGAAGGAAAAUUUGGUGAGGUUUACAAAGGUUUACUUCAAGAUGGAAUGCUUGUAGCCAUCAAGAAGCGUCGCGGUGUCCCUACUCCAGAAUUUGUUGAUGAGGUACGCUAUCUUUCGUCUAUUCAACACCGGAAUCUUGUAACUCUUAUAGGCUACUGCCAAGAAAACAAUCUACAAUUUCUUAUAUAUGAAUAUGUGCCUAAUGGAAGUGUCUCCAGUCACUUGUAUGGCGCGAGUCAACAACCGCGAGAAAAGAUAGAAUUCAAGCAUAGACUGUCAAUAGCUCAAGGUGCUGCUAAAGGUUUGGCUCAUCUUCACUCUUUGAGUCCCCGUUUGGUGCAUAAGAAUUUCAAAACAUCUAAUGUUCUUGUGGAUGAAAACUUCAUUUCUAAGGUCGCGGAUUCCGGGCUUCGUAAUUUUCUUGGGAGAGUUGACAUUGCAAGCUCAUCUUCUCAAGUGGCAUCAGAUGAGAUAUUCCUUGCACCUGAGGUGAGAGAGUUCAGACGAUUUUCUGAGAAGAGCGAUGUGUAUAGCUUUGGAGUAUUUUUGUUGGAAUUGUUGAGUGGGAAGCAAGCAACCGAAUCACCCUCUAUAAACACAAAUCAAAAUCUUGUCGAAUCGGUACUAAGUAAUCAAGACAGUGGCAUUUUGUCUACAAUCAUUGAUCAAAGAAUGGAGACUAGUUUUACUGGUGAAAGCAUGGAAAAUUACAUCCUACUGUUAAUUAAAUGUUUGGAUCAUUCAAGUGAAAGAAGACCUACCAUGAGUUAUGUGGAAAUGGAACUUGAUAGAAUCCUUGAAAAGGAGAUGAACUUAACAACAAUGAUGGGUGAAGGAACACCAACUGUGACUCUUGGAAGUCAAUUAUUCAAAUCAAAUAAAUAAAAAAAUAAGGUAUUAUAAUUAUUGUCAUAAAUUCAUCUAUUAUUAUAUUUGUGAAUUACUAUAGGUCUAGCUGCUUCACAAGUGUAUAAAAAGCAGUUGUAUCCCACCCUUUUCCUCUUGUUUUUUUUUCUUGGCCCAAUGAGCAGUUGUAUUCUUUUAUUUUCUCUUAUGAUUUUUUUUUUCUUCAUAAAUUUAUGAGAUUGAGAUAUCUUGUAAGCAAUUAUUUGUUGUUAAUAUGACAGUGAAGAUUGGUUGGUGUGGUAAACCAUAAUGAUAACUCUACUAGUACUAUA